AUGAAAACUAUACCCCAAAAAUUCAAUUGCCCCUAACCUCAAGAAAUCAUCCAUCCCCUUUGUGAUCAUCAAUCUAGUGCAUCACAUGGUCAAAUGGACAGUCUCGAUUACAUUCUAGAUUGCUCUAGUUUCAGUUGAUCACCUAAACACUUCAAAAUAGAGUCCUAAGAUUUCAGAAAUCGAAUGUUAACAAUAACAAUAUAAGAACAACAAGCAAAGGUUAAUCCCAGAUAUGAAAUUAGGUGAUCUGAUCAUAAACAACCUUCACAAUAUAUAUACAUGGAUGCAUAGUCUCUUUCUCCCAUCUUUAGGACAAUAUCAUCAGUAAUGGGGAAGGGGGUGGUUCUGGGUUGUGUUCUUGUGGUUCUUGGUUUUGCACUAACGUGCAGUGCUGCUACCUUCUAUACUGUGGGGGAUAGCUCUGGCUGGGACAUCAGCACUGACCUUGAUACAUGGGCUAAGGACAAGAAAUUCAUAGUGGGUGAUGUUCUAUUGUUCCAAUAUUCAUCAUCCAACAGUGUGAAUGAGGUCACAGAAGAGAGUUUCAAGGGCUGCAACAUGACUGACACCCUACAAACAAGUAGCAAUGGGAACACAUCAAUUCCUCUGAACAGGCCAGGUGAGAGGUAUUUUGUCUGUGGGAACAAGUUACACUGCCUUGGAGGGAUGAAGCUUCAAGUAAAUGUACAAAAGGACCCUGCAGCUUCACCUGCAGGUGCUCCCGAAGCAUCUGAGGGUUCUCUUCCAAGACCUUCCUCUAAGAACAACAACCCUGCUGCAGCUAUUCCAGAUUCCACAGGGUUUAUCAAUGGUGGAAUGGUUUCUCUUCUAUCAGCUUUUCUGGGUUCCAUGGCUACUUUGUUAUGGAUCUUAUAAACCUACAUGGCUGUUUGAAAUUGUCCAGGUUGUUUCUGAUAUUUGAAGGGGAUCACUUCAGAUACUCUUAUUUUGCCCUGAUAUUUGCCUAUUUUGAUUUUUUGUCUUUUAUAAAAUAAAGAUAAAAUAAAAGAAAAAAGGAAAAUGAAAAAAAGAGAAAUUUGUUUCUUUCAA